UCAUCUGGUAAACAGUAUAAUUUUCUAUUUAACUCUUCGCUUAACAAGACGAGGGGACAAGAACAUUCUCAUAAAAAUGUAGAUGGGAGCGGUAGUGAAACAGAAAAGUCGUUAAUUUCGCGUAGGUUGCAAGAUUUCCGACACGAAUGGCUUCGUCAGCGCCGUGCACGAGUAGACUGGAAGAACAUUAUUAAGCCCUGCGCUGAAAAUAUGGUCUGGGGAUUAGUAAAAGAUCAUUGGGGCAAAACCAAUCAUAGCAACGCUACAACAAGUGACAUUAUAUUCCAAGAUAUCAGACCAGCGGGAGAGUUCAGCAAGAUUUUCAUUCAGUCAAAAACCUCAGACAAUCGAACGAAGUUGAUUGGUGGAGACACCUGGAGGGUUUACGUACGUGGUCCAACAAGCAUUGCGGCCACUGUUUUCGAUCAUAAUAAUGGAACUUACGAAGCUCUGUUUCUUAUCACGGAGCCUGGUGUUUAUCAACUGACGAUUUACCUUGAUUUUAGUCUUUGUGAUGGCUUCAAAGACCCACCUCGUGAUUGGUUUAUCAUAGGUGACUAUCAGGGGCGGAAACAGAGAGAGGGAGUUGUAGGUUCUUUAGAUGAAUACUUGGUAGAACACCCUGACGGACAACUUGCCUUAAGCAUAAAUGUAACUAAGGCUCAGCUUAAAGUCCCUCCUUCUGACCAACUUGAGGACCUUGUCUCCUGUUCUGAAACCUGCAAGUAUUUAUGGGAUGGAUUUGGUCAAUGGAAAAAUGACAAGUGGAUGCCACAUCUUAAAGGUUGUAUGUGAUUCAUUUAAGAAAUAGAAAAUACGUACGUGUUUUUAUCGAGUUAUAGAAACACGAGUGGAAGU